AUGCACGAUCCAGAACCCGAAAACUCACUGGACAAGCACAGUGUUGCCUUCAUCCCCGAAGACGAUCCCGCCGCGUUCGGCUUCUUAGACCCCGAGCAAAUCAUCCGCAGUGUACACCUCAUCCCUGCAUUUGCACGUGAACACACCUCCGAGCGACUUGGGUCAUCUAUCACUCGACAGCCAGCAGAAAAUGAUGAAGAUUGGGAGGGGUAUCAUAUUAACAUGUUUGUGGACCGCGACAUGUUCAUGCGCUUCCACGGCGGCGGCAUCGGUCACAAGGGCACAUGGCACCUCAAUGCCAGCCUUCUCCGAGAUGGGCAAGCUGCACAAGUGCCGGAGGAGCCCUCCGACGAGGCAGUCGACGAGCAAGGCGGCGCUGAGGACGACGAUUCGGAAGAGGAAUCUGAAGAAGAGGAGGGAGAAGAAGGCCCUUUGACGGAGGAGGAGGAGGAGGAGGACUCUGACGAUGAUCCCAACCCGUUGCCUGAAGGCAACGGAAGGGAGCGGGACGAGCGAGUGCUUGCGAAGGAGGGUUAUGGCGAGUUUUGA